AUGAUAGGAUGUGAUGGAGUAAACUCUGUGAUUGCGAAUUUCAUUGGAUUAAAACCUCCAAAGCAGUCAACAAUGGGCAGAGCGAGGGGUUUCGCAAAUUACAAAAAUGGACAUGGAUUUAGCCCUGAAUUUGUUACCAUCAACAAAGGCCAUGUUAUGCUUGGAAGAUUCCCCCUCGAUCACAACCUUGUAUUCUGGUUUGUUACCCGUCCAAUCAAUCACACCUCAAGAUUUAACAAUUUCAAAAGAUACAUCAAAAAUCAUAUCGUCAGCACUAGAAUCAGUAAGGGAUUUCCAAGAGAAAUGUUAGAGAUGAUACAGAACUGUGACGUAGAUUCACUGACUUUUAAUGGCACUCAAUAUCAAGCGCCAUGGGAAUUACCAAAUACGAGGCUUAGAAAAGGAAUAGUGACCAUUGCUGGAGAUGCCAUGCACGUAAUGGCCCCAUUUCUCGGACAAGGAGGCUCAACUGCAUUGGAAGACGCUAUCGUUUUGGCUAGAUGCUUAGCAACACAAAGGAGAGCCGAAGUGUAA